CCAAUUGAUAGGGUGGAGCUCAGAAAUAAUAAUAAGAAGAAGGAAUGAGUUAUGUAUUUAUAUGUAAUUGAAGGAAUUUACAAGUAAUUGGUAUGUGAAGAACAUAUGUAAGUGUUGUAAGAAGAAAUAGGAAAAUAAAAGUGAAUAGUGCAGCAGAAUAAUGCAGAAGGAUAUAGUAAUUCUUCAAUUUCUCCAAGCAUAACGGUACCUGAAGAAUUAGAAAGAAAAUAGUUGAGUAAGGGAUAGAAGAGAAAAGAAUAAGGAAUCAGAGGAGAAGAGAAGAGAGCACACAAGGGAAAGACAAUUGUACCAGCAAUCACUACUCCACAUAACCACCCAGCCUCUUGCUUUUAGUUCUCUCUCUAGUGCUCCUUCUUGGACCCUCAUCAUGCUUAUUGAGUGCCAGCUGUCCUUUUGUUGUAACAAUAUUUCCUUCUGAAGUUGUAAGCUUUUUAUUUAUGUGCUCUUCCUCAUUCCUACGCCAAACAGAUUCUUCCUGCAGUAAGGAUCAGCUAUCACUACCUCCCCUCAUAUUUAAAACGUUGCUUUGUUUAUUGUUCUUUAUUUCCAAAGGACUACGAAUUUGACAAAGAUGAAUUAGUGUUAUUAUGGAUGGCAGAAGAUCUUUUGCAACAACCAAAAAGUGGAAGCAUUUUAGAAGAAGUUGGAUAUAAAUACUUCAAUGAUUUAGCUUCACGAUCAUUCUUUCAACCUUCAAAGAAUGGUUAUGUGAUGCACGAUCUCAUGCAUGAUCUAGCGACAUUCUAUGGUGAAAAGUUCUUUGUUAGAAUCUCUGAACACAAGAAUGUAGCCAAACACGAAACUAAAACUCGUCAUUUGUCAUAUGAUGUCAACGACAAUAAUUCAGUCCCGAAGAUGUUGGAAGCAUGUGAGAGUUUAAGUCAUGUAAGGACCCUGUUUCCAAUCAAGGCAGAUUUAUUCGGUCGACACAAAGAGGGAAUUGAUCCUUGUCGCUUACUAGCACAGUUGAAGCGCUUACGUGCUUUGUCAUUUCCAUCAUUUAUAAUUGAUAUAUUGCCUGAUUCAAUUGGUGAAUUGAUCCACUUGCGUUAUUUGAAUCUCUCUAACACACUUGUCGUGACAUUGCCCGAGUCCAUGAGUAACUUGUAUAAUUUACAAACAUUGAAGUUGAGCUGGUGUAGAAGACUGAAAAAGCUUCCAAGCAAGAUGCAAGAUCUUGUAAAUCUGUGCCAUCUCAAUGUUACAGGCACUGAUUUAAAAGAGAUGCCAAAAGGGAUGAGCAAAUUGAAAGAGUUGCAGAUGUUAAGUGAGUAUAUUGUUGGGAAGCAUGAAGAGAAUGGGAUUGGGGAAUUGGGAGAACUUGUAAAUCUUCGAGGGUCAUUUCGUAUUGAGAAAUUAGAGAAUGUGGUUGAUAGCAGUGAAGCUUGGAAGGCAAGGAUGGUUGAUAAGAAAUACAUCAGUAAUCUAUAUUUGAUGUGGUCAUCAGGUGAUAUUGUUGAUUCCCAAAUCGAAAAAGAUGUACUUGCCAAAUUAGAACCUCACAAAGACUUGAAGAUGCUAUUCAUCUGGGUUUACAGAGGUACCAUGUUUCCGGAUUGGGUAGGGCAGUCUUCGUACCACAACAUGACUCAGUUGGAGCUGAGGGGAUGCAGGAAUUGUUGGGUGCUUCCUUCACUUGGACAGUUACCCUCUCUGGAGAGGCUAUUCAUUGCAGAGUUCGACAAGGUGAAGAAGAUUGGUGGGUCAUUCUAUAAGGGUGAUGGAACUCAUCAGCAUCAUGAGACACCCUUCCGAUCCCUUAAAAUUCUCAUUAUUGAAAGAAUGCCUUGCUGGGAGGAAUGGGAGUCAUAUGAUGCACCAUUUCCUCAACUUGAGAGGCUUAUUAUAGAGAACUGCCAUAAGUUAAGAGGAGAUUUGCCCACUUUCCUUCCGUCUUUGAAAUCACUCGACAUUAGAAGAUGCGAGGAGAUUGGUUGUUAUCUGCCAAGAGCUCCCAUCCUACGCGAACUAAGAAUAGAUGGCAAACAGGAAGCAAGAAUGCGGGACCAACCACUUUCCAUGUUGGAGAAAGUAGAAAUUAAUGGAGAGCAGCUUGUGGAUUCUCUGUUUGAGGCCAUGACCCACACCCAACCAACCUCUCUCAUAGAGCUACAGAUCUCAGAGUGCUCAUCACCCAUAUCAUUUGCAGGGGAUUCUUUGCCUCCUUCAUUGCAACAGUUGCGGAUCAAUAACUGCAAGAAUGUAGAAUUCCCAAUGCAACACCAACAACAUGAGUCACUAAGGAGUCUUACAAUAGACAACAGCUGCGAUUCGCUUACAUCCUUUGCAUUGCCAGCGUUCCCAAAUCUCAAGGAUCUCAGAAUCGCAAGACGUGAAAAUUUGACAUCUCUGGAGCUGUCACACUCACAGUCCCUCCGAGAAUUAUGGAUUGAAGAAUGCCCUAAGCUGGAGAUGAUAAUAAGGCUGCCUGCCUCUUUAGAGACACUCAAAAUCAUAGCAUGUCCGUUGUUGGGUGAAGGCAUAGAGAGGAAGGACCCCCACAUUUGGCCAUCCAUUUCCCACAUUCCCGUAAUAUUUGUUGAUAGGAAACUGAUUCACUAUCUAUGACCCAACAUCUUAAAACAGGGAUAUUUAAUGAUUCUUCUGGGACUUUCAAUUUAAUGCAGUUCGGUUGUGCACCUCCAUUCUUGUAAGGAUGCUUCUCUGUCUAUUGAAGCUACUUGUCUUACACCCAAAUGGAAGGCCUUUCAUUACCUUUCUUGGUGUUGCUCCUGCUUGCUUCCCCGUGCCCUUUGUUGGAUUUGAAACAAAUUGAAGUGAAGUUGGAGUAAGCUCAAUUUGGAGAGCAAGGGAACCUGGUCAAGAAUGAUUUCACGAGGUGUGGUCUCUGCAUCAAUACGAAAGCUGAAUUCAUGGAAGACAUCAUCCUCAUAGAAAAUCAAAAGAAGAAAUAGAUGAUGUAGAACAGAAUUUCGCUAAGACCGAUAGAUCAAUCAAAAUGCAACAAGAGCACCUUCAAUGAUAAGCAUACAGUUGGAGUAGCCUGUCAAGAAUAGGCAGAAAGUGUACAAACUUUGCAAUGUUCAAAGAAAAAAGGAAGGAAAAACUUAGUUAUAUAUUUUGACUGAUAUUGUGCAAUUAUCAUUUUUCUCGUAAGAGUUUUCAUGUCUUCAUCAUUUCAUUCUAUUUUAGGAUAGCUGAUAUGAGUUAUUCUAUUUAUAAAAAAGAGAGAGCUUAGCAAGUAAGUAUCAAUUUCUCUCAUGAGAAAGGCAAGAGAGCUAGGAUGUGAGAACAUCAAGAAAAAGCCAUGAGUGGCAUUUUAGAAAUUUGUUUUUGUAUUUGGCUUGAAUUGGUAUUUGUAACUUGAAUUUGUUUAUAGUGAAAAGUUCUACCAUUUGUUGUGGUGGAGACUGGAUGUAGAUCCUAUUUUGGGAUUGAACCAAGA